AUGGGUAGAAAUAACACUAUAGAUGAGACUUCUGAAGAACAUCAACGAAGACUUAAUCGUGAACGACAACAGCGUUAUCAUAGAAAUAUGGAUUCUGAAGGCUCCACAGGACUUGAAGUUAUUCUAACCUCUUCAUUUUUAGAUCCCAAAGUUAUUAUAAAUGCAACAGAAUAA